UUAUAUCUAUGUAUAUAUAAAUUAGUCCCAUGCACACUCCUGGCGUAGAUUCGUAUAAUCAAAAACAAAAGGCUUACUUUAUCCCUUUGUCUGUGUUUCCUCAAUGAAAAGAAAUUGGUUCCUUUGAUCCUUCCCCAUCUCCUUUAUCACCUUCUCCUCUACUACCCAUUAUAAACUUCUUCAUUCACUUUUGUUUUUCCUUAAUAGAUUACCUUCUUCUCUUCAUAUAUAUUAUUACAUUUCAAAUAACUAAAAAAUAAUUAAUAACCUUGUGUCUGUGUUUAUGGGGGCUGGUUUCUCAGUGUUAGGUGAAUCAAGAGAGAGUAGUGGUAAUGGAAUAAACUUUGGUUAUUCGAAAAAGGCGAAAACGGUGCUGGAUGACUUGCCGGAGAAUUGUAUCUCAACCAUUAUAAAAUACUUGAAUCCACCUGAGAUCUGUAAACUGGCUUUGUUGAACAGAGCUUUUCAUGGUGCUUCUUUGGCUGAUUUUGUUUGGGAGUCAAAGCUUCCAUCCAAUUACAACUUUCUUCUUGAGAAACUACUACUUCAAUCUCAAACCUACUUGCCUAAGAAACAUAUAUAUUCUAAAUUGUGUCAACCAAAUCGCUUCGAUGGUGGUACCAAGGAAGCUUGGUUGGAGAAGAGUAGUGGGAAACUUUGUUUGUCGAUAUCGUCAAAGGCCUUGAGAAUAACUGGAAUAGAUGAUCGAAGGUAUUGGAAUUACAUUCCAACUCAAGAAUCAAGAUUCGAAACAGUGGCUUAUUUACAACAAAUUUGGUGGGUUGAAGUGAUUGGAGAGUUAGAGUUAGUGUUGGGAGAAGGGAGUUAUAGCCUCUACUUUCGACUACAAUUAGGCAAAGGUUCAACAAGAUUUGGGAGAAGAGUUUGUAAUGUUGAUCAAGUUCAUGGGUGGGAUAUAAAGCCAGCUCGAUUCAACUUAUCAACAUCCAACGGUCAUAAAGCUUCAUUAGAAUGUUAUUUGAACAAUUAUGGAAAAUGGGUCCAUUACCAUGUGGGUGAUUUUCAAGUGGAAAAUCCUAAUAUGAUCAUCAAGAUUAACUUUUCAAUGCUUCAAAUUGAUUGCACACACACUAAAGGUGGUCUCUCCUUAGAUUCUGUGUUUAUAUACCCAACUCAGAUUUCUAAUAAGUUGUUGAAAUCUUAGCGUGUGUGUUUCUGUGACAAAUGUACAAAUGUGAGCUGAGCAAGUAAUUCAUUAUAAAUUA